AUGACUACACUUCUACCCUUUACACCGCCUAUAGUGAAGCGGUUGCUGGGCUGGAAAAGAAGUACGGACCAAAAUGACGAUGACAAAUGGGCCGAAAAGGCCGUCAAGAGUUUAGUGAAGAAGUUGAAGAAGACCGGAGGCCUCGAGGAGCUAGAAAGAGCGAUCACCCAGGGAAGUACAAACCCGGGAAUACCUACAAAAUGUGUGACAAUCCCUCGCAGCUUGGACGGCCGUUUGCAAGUUUCGCACCGUAAAGGCCUUCCACAUGUGAUUUACUGUAGAUUAUGGCGUUGGCCAGACUUACAAAGCCAUCACGAGCUACGACCGAUCGAAUCUUGCGAUUAUGCUUUCAGCUUGAAGAAAGACGAAGUUUGUGUGAAUCCUUUCCACUAUCAGCGAGUCGAGACGCCAGGUAACUUAACCAAAAGUAUUCUUGUAAUUUCUUUACGCAAAAAAAGCCUUGCUAGUAAAGGAAGGGUUUGCUUUUGUGUUCGCUCGGCGUCCCAAUUAGUCGAUCUCGUUUUGUUUUGGUCUCGGCGCGUGUAACAUUAAUUUGUACACUGCUCGUGUGUUGGCAGAUCGUUGUCGGUGUCAAACCGUUUGUAUAUUUCACUUACGCCAAAGUUAUACUUUGUCUAUAUCGAAAUAGCUGGGAUGACAAGCGAACAUAAUCGCCGACAACGUUGUAAUGCCUAAGUUGUGAAGAGAAAUAAGCUUACAUAUUUCUUGUAGCUCUCUUGCUCUGCUCACAUGUGUUUGAUAAUUACCAAACCUUGGUGGAACGAAUAUUUUACGUACUAUAAAGGAAACACAAUCCUUUUGAGGUUAAGUUUCUACUCGAAUCAUCUUUCGUUUAAUUUCUAUGAAUUUAGUAAAAGUGUUCUCAUUUUUUUUAUUUCAUUAACCAAACGUGUGCAAGAACCUGCAAAGGAUUUCCAAAAGAGAUCGUGUACCAUUCCGGAAUAUUUUCCAAAUGGAAUUUCGUUGUACAGGCGUAUAUUUUCUGACCUUCGAUAUUCAGUUGUUGCUUAUUAGAUCUAGGAUUUGAUCCGAUCUGAUCAGCCGAAAUUUCCAUUUCAAAACAGAUGCUUAGAUUUUUGACGUCGUAACUCUUACAUUAACCUGUAUGUUUUCUACAUAUCACGAGAAGGGUUUUUAGGCGUAGUUUUGCUAGUGCUUUCUGAUCGCCACUUUUCUUAAAGUAGCAAAGAAGUUGUAGAGAAAACAAAAAAUUAACUGUUUCAUAUUUUACGAAAGCAAGUUAGAUGUACUCGUUGGAUCUUAAAUAACAUGAUUUUGAAUUCAUACAGUGUUUUAAUCGUCUUUGCCUUCGACUCACUCGCGUCUUAUUUCGAUCCGUAUUAAAGUUUUUAUACGUUGUAGGAUGGUGCUUGUCAUCUUUUGUUUCCUUCAGUUGUAUGCAGAUUUAGUAAAUUGUGUAUUUGACAUUUGAGUUUGUGUGUUUAUGUUAGCGUGGGAUCACGCUAAGCGAACUUUCAAGUACUUUCAGCAACCGUUUGACGGGAUUCUUCAAUGACAUAUUGUUUCAGUAGAGUUUUAUAUUGAUUUAAAGGUCGUUGAAAAUUUUAUUAUAAGCUUGACUUGCCUGGCGAUGGAAGUAUUGCAAUGUGUUUGACCACGACCUCGGCGUGUUUUUUUGAUGUGCUCACUUCCAUGAGGUAUUUUAAUCCGCGGAAAGCAACACUUCGAAUACUGGGAUGUUUUCAGUUCAUAAAUUGCUUGGCAGAGAUCACAGUAUUGGCGUCUUUUGUUAUCUAAGUAUUUCUCUCUGAAAAUUGCUAUUUUGUCUUUUUGCGCGUUCCUUAAUUCAUGCCCACUACAUUUCAUCCAUUGCGCGUACAUGUAAAAUAGUUUAUUAUUUUAAACACCAAUCUAGCUAAUACCUAGCUUUUUUCGCAUGUAACACUGAGAUUAUUUCUCUACAUGUACGUGUGUUGUCCUUGUGAAAACAAUAUAGGGGAAAUAAAAUACAAAAGAUUUUGGCUUAUAUCGAACUCCGGAAGGGAGUUUCCUUGCGUUCCAAAACAGGAGAUUUUUGUUAUCUGAUAUAAACAUUUUUGACCAAGUGCGGAUCACAUCAAUCAUAUUUGAUGUCUUUAUCGAGGAAAGGGAAAUUCUUCUUUAGAUCUUUCAGUGGUAGUUAAGUUUGUAUAGGCCACUUAGUUUAACUAAUUUAUUUUUUUCCAUCAAAACUGUAGCAACAUUUGAAUUUUAAUUGUUGGUUUUUAUAUUGACAGGAAGUCUAUUUAAAGCCUUAGGAUUAAUGCCGUAAUUACAGAAUUCAAUAUUUUUGUUUUCAUUUGAGCCUACUCAGUAUAUCUGUAAAAGACAUUUUACUCUCAAACUCUGUUUCCAGUUGUAUAUUCUGGAAAAAGUCACAUUCAGUAACUCUGUAGGAUCCAUCCUUAUUUUAGUGGAAUGCAAGCAUAUCAUAAUUUGAGAUCUCUGAGUGUAUUUUCUCUUUGUUUCUUUGUUCUAUCUCUUCUGGUGUUUUUGUUUUUACUGCUAAAGCUCUGUGUCUUAUUUCUGUUCGUUUGAUGGGAAGAAUGAAAUGUUGAUGCUUUGCUUUAGACAGGUCAUGAGUUGGUGUAUGUUUUGUUUUUGUCUGUUGCCAGUAAUAAGCUGAAAAAAGCAACCAUUUCCUAGAUUUACAGGUAGUGUUAAUUGGGAGGGGCCUGUCCUCUGGUGUCAAAAAUUUUGGAACAGUCGUAUAGUUGUCAACAAGAAAAAGAAGUUCCUAGAAUUGAUAUGCAAUGUUCACGUUUGUCAUAUUCAAGGUUAUAAAAUGACAAUUCCAUUAUCAUCUCUUUAAAAGUGGAUUGGAUGAUUUUGGAAAAUUUAACUUUGGUGGUUUUUUGCACCUUGAAAUCCACUUUUCCUGUGUAAGGUGUUGAGAGAUUUUUUUUCGAUUUACACAUUCUCAAAGCACUUAUUCUGAUUAUCACAUUAGUAAAAUAACAGUUGCAACCCUGUUGAAGUGGUCUUACAAUUUUUUAUCACUGCAGUACAAUUUGUUAUUGUAGUAGUUUAACUUGUGGUCUAUGAUGUUUUUUUUUUCACAUGUUCUCUGUCAAUUGACAUUCAGAGUUAUUUUGUUUUUCCUAAACUGUGGCAGAGAGGCCAAAUGUGGUGUGAUGUGAUUUCUGCUUUGUACAGGAGUAAGACCAAAAAAUGUUGUUUAAUUAUAAAGCUGUGUUGUAGGGUUCAGUUCAAUAUCUCAUUUAGGUGUUGUAUGGUCAAACCUACUAAAAGUAAAGUAAAAUGUAGUUAAAAAUACCGUAUAUCCUCUAUUAAUUAAUAAUAAUUAAUAAUAAGCCCGCUCCCUUUUUAGGGGAAGAAAUUUAAUAAGCCCCCCCCCCCCAAAAUCCUCCCCACCCCACUCCCAAAAACGCGGUAACUCUGUACCUAACCUCUGUACUCCACAUUUUCUGUGAUAAUAACUCACUACCAAUUGCUGUGUAGUAACUCAUAGUACAGAAAAUAUCUACCUUUGUGUUAUUAAUUUACAAUAAUUUAAUUUUAGCCCCCCCCCCUUUUUGGGGGAGAACUUUUUUAAUGCCCCCCCCCCCCCAUUAAGCCCCCCGCCCCCCUGUUAACAUCAUAGAGGUAUUCACACCCAAUCUAGGCUAACCCAAUCCUGUGAGAUUGGUGUUCUCUCCAGGGGUUUGGAAUAAAGUUUAAAAAGAUGAAUUUCAAGCUGCAUUCUACCCUUCAAACUUGAUCAAGUGUCCCCAGAGAAGAUGGCAGUAUCCCUCCCACCCUACCCUAAUCACUUAAAAAUUGAGGUCAAACUCUCUCAUUAGAAGGCUUGCACCUUCUGCUCGGCACUCGAUCAAUGCUCCCAUACCUCCAUUAAACAAUGAGUGCAAGUGAGAGUGUUGGAAAAUAAAACGCUAGUUAAUGUUAUAGAACAGUACAUGUAUGCUGCUUUGCUAAUGCUUGCCAACAGUAAGAUCGCAGUCUAUCAGUGUUUUCAAAUUGUUUCGUACUGCAUGGUCUACAUAUGUUUCUGGCAUUCGUCUCUAGGGAAAGAUAGCUGGAUGCUUACAUUGUAUUAAAUAAUAAUAAUAAUAAUAAUAAUAAUAAUAAUAAUAAUAAUAAUAAUAGCAAUAAUAACAAGUGAGCUUAACUCUUAUUAAAUUCAUCUUGGUUAUUUGUACUCUUAAUUCAUGACCUAAGUGUCUGAAUGAUAAAGCAUAAGUAUAUUUAAAAAGUAAACUAGAAGAAAUUUGAUGUUGAUCCCUUUAAGAGAUUCUAAAAGAAGUUUAAAUUCAGGGCUUUAAGUUGUUAUUAAAGUAAGCCCAUGAUAGACAUAGCCUGCAUAAACAUUUAUGUCUAGUGAACAUAUUGAUUGCAACACAAGUACUCUACAUGCAUGUAGAGCAGUUGGUGAAUAAACAGUUAGUUUAAAGAAGCUGUGGUUCUGUGUCAGUGCAGGAGUGAAUUGUUUCUCUCUGAUGAAGGUUUUAAAUGCCCAAAGCAUGAACCUUUGAAUCACUUUGUCACCACUUUCGGUUAUGAACUUAACAGAUUAAAAAAUGACUCUUUCUACCAAGCAGGUUUUGAUUUUUAAAUCUGUCCUGAAGUCCUAAAGUUUACAGUGGAGAUGUGAUGCAGUUGUGCCUAAGAAUUUAGCAGCAUUUCAUGUACUUUCACAUGGUCCACACUGUACAUGUAUUUUAGAAGUAUUUAUUUUUAAAUUAAUAGUAUUUUACGUGUUUUGGGUCCAUUCUAGAAUUGAAUGGGUUGCAAUGUAGGUUUCUGUGCAAACAUCAAAGGGGACACUUAAAUGCCAAAUAAAUGUAACAUAAGAAAAUUAAGUCAUUUAUCUCAACCAGUGGGUAUUGAGUGAUAUUUUUAGGACAGUUAAGUACCCAAAUGAGCCUAUUUAAUCUUAUUUAAGACUAACUGCUUAUUUUCUUAGCUGUAAAUGAUGUUAUUGCUAAGUUUUUCUCCAUACUAAGAUGCGAAUAGAUGUUUACUACUGCGAAAGGUCACUUCAAAGGAGACCUUGAGCUUGUAUUAUUUUUAGAUGAUGUCUGAAAUAUAGAAAGUUAUAUUGAAAUCCAAUUAGUUAAUUGUUUACGUUUAUGUACAGGAGAUUUCCUUAUGUACAUUCAGGAAAACACAAAUGUAUACAGACUACAGGUUAUCUCAAGUUAGAGAUUGACUUCGUUGCCUUCUCUGGCACCCAGUCAGUCCUCAAAAUAGAUAAGAAGAAAUCCUCUUGGACUGCAGCCGUGUUAUUAGCUGACAGUCUGGAUGGUUCUUGUUUUGAGCCACCCAGAACUAGACUAAAUGAAUAUCAAAAUAAUAUUUACUGGGUCGUUAAGGCAUCAUCACCUAAGGAAUGGCAAAAAAAUUGAACCAUUUAUUUGAAUUAAAUCUUUGAAGCCCAUUCUCCUGAACUUUCCUUUAAAGACAUGAAAGGGUAACUACAGAAGUGUUUAAGUAAAUGCAUAUGUGAUUAUGCUGAUUUGUGUUUAUGGGUAAUGGUUGCUUACAGUUGCUUAUAUAAUAGGCCUUUGUACCUUGUGCCCAGUACCUUGGCCUUUGAAUAGAAAGCGAGGCUGGCGGUACAUGUAACCUCAUUUUAUCUCAAAGCUUCCUGUUUUUCACAUGUAAAUGAUCAUGAUCACAGGCCUUGUUAUCUUGAAAAUAACCUGAUUUGUUCAUGAAAAGCUGCCAGGAGACAUGUUUGUAGCAAUCACCAUCGUCAUUGCUAAAGCCCCCAAAUAUCUCUUGCCCUGAUUUUUAAGCUCCUUUAGAAGUCCUCAUAAGCCCUGGACAUACAUUCUGUACAUGUAUUUGUGAGAAUUGUAAAAUUAAAAUUUUUUUUUCAGUUCUUCCGCCAGUUCUUGUUCCACGAGUGCCAAUUGAUAGAGCCAUAGAAAGACCAGCAUUACCAGACGUCUUCAGACCAGACAACACUCCCUUUCCCAUUUCAGAACCAACCAAUUCUCCUUUCCAGCUGCCUGGUAGGUAAAAUCCUCCCUAUAGUGGUAAUUUUAUUUUAGUAGUGCUCUUCUGUGUGCGAAGUGCACUCAGUGGAGCACCAAUGGUAAGAAAUAAUGGUUAUCCAUACAUCCUAUAACUUUUGGUUGUGACAUCUGUCCAUUUGUCCACCUUUUUAUGUUAGUGGAUGUGGAAUGUGCUCAGAGUCUAAGGCAUGUACAAUCCGUGUUUAACUUGCUAUACGUUACUUGCACAUCUCCCAUAAGGCACCUUUUUUGCCCCCUAAAAUUUUGCAUUCAUUUCUCCUGGGUAUUACAGCCACCCCAAGAGAAAUUGGAAACAAUGCUUAGGCAAAAUGUUUUGGGGAGGGACUUCUGACCAGUGGCACAUGAGUGUAUCAUGGGCAUAGGUGUACAACUCAUUGAGUUGACCUGUUUUUUUUUUUAAGUUUUCCACUGACCAUUUUUUAGGUUUUUUAAUUGAUCACAAGCUCAGGUCCAUUUUUCCAGAGGAAUUCAGUUUGCUUGCUUCAUUAGUACAUUGCUUGAAAUUGUGUACAUAAUUGAGGUUAAAAAAUUGUAGAAAUAAUAAAUACAUGUAAGGAGGACACUGGGAACACUUUUGUAGGACUACUAUUUCUUACUGAUCAUCGAAAUGAAAGGGAAUACUGUUCAGAGAGGCCGUGUUGCAGCUGGCUAGUUCAUUUGUUUUUAAUGCAAAUUAGGUGUCCUUAUUCACUAUGGAACUUCAGAAAUUACUUAUAAAUGAAAAAAUGCACAGCUUCCUGCCUUCAUCUUAAACAUUAUAUCAAACAUUAGAAUCAACAAAAACGAUUUUGAAAAAAUGUUAGGCUAAAAAAUGACUAAUUGCAGUCCAGUUCAAUCUUUACCAAGUUUGUCCAUCUGUGCUGCCUUUUGUAUAAUUUGCUGGGUUAUAUAUUCCUUCUGGCAAUGUUUUGAUGUAUUGUUUUUAUGUUUCACACAGUUAGGUCAGUAGUUCUGACUGUUUGGACUUGUAGCACAAUACACAUGUACAUUAGUGGUUGCUCCAAUAUAUUUUCCUAUAUCUUUGCAAGCUAAUGACGGAUUUCGUUUAAACUUUCUACCUUACUUCAACAAGGAUUGUAGUUAAUUGAUAUGUUAACAAGACGCUACGGAGCUAGCGUACACUUCGGCGUCGUGGUUGUGGAACUAAUUAAUUUUAAAUGCGGAGGAAUAGUAAGAAAUCAAAUAUGGUAAGAGUAAGGUGUGAAAUUAUUGGAUUUGUCAGGAUAUUCUGAAAAGAGCAACAUCCAAGAGGCCUAAUUGCCAAAAACUAGCAUUUCAGGACAAAUUGUCUCCGUGAUAUUAGCCCAGUUAUGCUCUGAUGACUCCAUACAAAUCCUUCUAAAAAACAAUUCUCUAUUUUUCUUAGUCACAUCAGGCUUCAAAAACAGCAUAGCAGUCUCAUGUACUGAUUAAAGAUAUGUAAGGCAUGGGUAAGGAUUCAAUUACGUUGAAAAUGGAAUUGGCUAAAACUCAAAGUCACGAGUUCGAAUGUUUUGAGAAUAAUUAUUCACUGACUAUCAGCACGCAGGGAUGUCGGAUUAACACAAGGAAGUUUAACACCAAAGGAACAUAGCCUUUACAGAGCUUUAAAACACAGCAUCCGUCAACACAAACUUGACUUGAACUUUGAGUAAAACUAAACAGCCUCUACCAAUAAUAACAAACUCUCACUUGAACUUCAGAUAUCUUACGGCUUCCGCGAACUUGUAAACACAGAACCUGAAUAAUCGACCUUCGUCACACUUGACUAAACACAGCAGUCCAGCUCGUGGGAAAAAACUUAGUUCGUCAAAAGAACUCCCUUGGAACUUGUAUACCGUUUGACAUAAGGUUCUAGAAAAUACUAAGCAGGCGAAUAGUAGCAGCUUUUCGACAUAUUUUAUGAUUUCAGUAACUAAUGCAAAUCUGCUGACUCAUGCUGAAAUGUAAACAUGCCCUAAUUAAUUAUUCAUGGCUAAUGCGAAGAAAGUCACGCAACACAUGAAAGCAAUUUUACUACGUAACACUCAACAAAGACAAAAUGUCUUUGUGCAGCAUUUUGUAACUUUAAAUUCAUCAUAAAACAGUUCGAAAGGAGGGCUCACUUGGAAAUGUUUUUCAACACUCGAAGAGAAACUUCGUGUCGCUGCGCGGCCACGAAAUAUCCUCUAUUUAUUCCUCGAGUAAUUUAAGACUAAACUCGAAGUGAUCUCAAGAUAUCACGAAGUAGUCCGAUCUCAUUUCGUGAAAUAGUUGAAACAAGCCGAAAAGUCACGAACUUGCACGCCCAAUCUUGUCCCGCAACUAGUGCAUCAUUUCAUAACUAUUUUUCAUAUCCCAAACUACCUUGGGUCGCAGUAGCGCAAUCGGCUAAUCCCUCAACUUAGAGUCUCCUCUGAUCUGACGGGUCACACAGGUGAGUCGGUUCAAACCCCGGGAAGGCCAAAAUAAUAAUUCUUUCUUCCUCGAAAAAGUUUAAGAAUAAAUCAAAGAAAUCGAAGUGAUCUCGAGAUAUCUCGAACUAAUUCGGCUCUCACUUCGACAAAUAGCCGAAUAGAGCCGAAAACCUACAGACUUUGCUUGCCCAAUCUAGUCAAAAAAUUGCAACUUUGAUACAUUCCUGAGCGUCGCGAAUCCUUUACUUCGCGCUCCGCCCAAGUAAAAAAAUAUCAUUUGGAAGAACCUAGGAACAAAAAAAUCUUGAAGAUGAAAGAAAAUAGUUACAAAAUCAUCAUGUAAUGCGUAACAGCUAAUUUGCAUGAAAUAGUUAAAAAAGUAAAAUUUCACCCUUAACACUAUCUCAUUAAGAAAAUUCAACAGAUCAGAAAUAUUAAAUAGGAAAAAACGACACCAUACGCAAAAUUACAGUUCUCUGCAUUUAUUUUUCAAAUAACGAGAAUUAUAAUUCUAGGGACGGUUGCCAUUAAGUGCCUGUGUAACGCUCAAGGUCCAACAGCGCUCCAUGCCUUACAAAUACAUGGCUAGCGACUUCCAACCGCACCUACAAAAGAAGAUAAUUCGUCUGAUUAAAGUUCAUAACAUUGUUUACCAUCGAGUAAGAAAGGUUUUUAAAGAUUACUCACGGUGAUGAAGAAAUAAAGAAUUUUCGUGUUCGGAAACUAAACUGUUGUGUACUUUUGAUGUGUGAAAUUAAAUAUUACUUACCCAAAAGAAAACCUGUAUCUCAGCCUCUAGUUAACAACGCUCACUGAUACACAGCUGCAACACAGUUCAGUUACUGGUCUUCAAAUCCUGGUAAGGUUUUUAGUCUUCAGUAGGCUUAAAACGAAGAAAUUCUACAAAUGGUGAAUCAGAAACAUAUUUCCAGUUGAAUGCCAUGUUUGUCUAAGCGUAACGAUCGAAUUACCACCACACUCCCAGCAGAAAACUUCCCAAAUGAAACUUGAAUUCAAGCCAUUUUCCAGCCGAAAUCCACAAGAAACAGCAAAGGAGUCCUGUGUAACCUCUCCUUAGUAUCUGGGGGGUGUUUUUAUAACAAAUCAGGGGCAAGAAGCGGGAAAACGUGAGGUAUAAAUAGAGUGGACGUCACGAUUGCGUUACACAAUACCAAGAUGAAUACCGAGAAGAAAAGCCUUUCAAAUAAAUGUGGAGGGAAGAAAAGAUCAAGAAAAAGAAAGAGGCAGACAAAAAGCACUUCUAGCUUAAUACAUUUGUUGUAUUUUAGCGAUAAUAGUCAUGCUAAGCAAGCCAAAAAGUCAGAUGCCACGCCCAAAAAGGAUUCUGGGUAAUUUCUAAAAUAAGCUGUAGACAAGAAUUAUACCAUGAAAAUUUUUCCAAAUAUGUUUCUUUGAUGUUAAUUACUUAAUAUCUGGCAAGUUAUGAUGGUUUGGGAAUAUUUUACUCAUUUUCAUAAAAGUACCCUAUGUUACACUGAUGUACAUGUGUAUUGUGGUACAAGUCUUGUAUUUCGAUAAAUUUCUUGACACAGCUCCUUUAACUCAUUUUAUAAUAUUGUUUUCAUGACCUGUCGAUUCUGAGAGUUAUCAAGUAAUUGGUAUAAUAUAUCACUCAAAGGUGUCUCAUAUUCUUUUUAUUUAUGUGAAGAUACUCCAAAUGGGGCAGGUGGAUACAUGUCUGAAGAUCAGUGCUCUGAACUGUCUGGAGAACAUCAGCAGAUGCAGACAGGUCAGCUAUUAGUUGUUAGUUUGAACCUCGAAACAUAUAUUAUUCUGUUAAGUAGGUACAUGUACUGGCAUUCAAGGUAGUUGUGAGGUAUGUGAGGGAGUGAAGCUUACACUAGGGACUUAAAGAUCCAAUGACGUAACGAUAUUGAGAAUGUUGCUUAAAAAGUGAAGUACUGUUCUUAUUUUAUUCUUAUUUUCCUUGCAGAUGCUUGUCCUCUAUCUCCAGAUCCGUCGUUGGCAGGUAUGACUAUUGAAAUGAUUAAAAAGAGAAAACAAAUUAAAGAGGCAAAUAAAAAGAGGCCUGUUAAGUGCCUGUUAACAAAUGCAUUGCUAAAAUGGAGAUUGGGUUCCUGGAGUAUCCAGGGGCCAGUGAAUCACAUGAUCGAUUUACCGCUGAGCUCAGGCACUUACAUAUUAGGUGGUCUUAGUUGUUAACUCCUUUAAAUUGCGUUUAAAUGCAUUUAUUGUGAUACCCGGUAGGUCAAAUUGUACAAACGACUCAGGCCACAGAUGUGUAAGUUCUGUUGCUAUGUGUAUGUGAUUUUGAGUGCUGUUUGUGCUCUCUUUGUUAGAUGCUCAACCAGUUCAGUACACAGAACCUACUUACUGGUGCCAAAUUUCCUAUUACGAGAUGAAUACAAGAGUUGGUGAAAUUUUUAAUGCAGCCACGCCAAGUCUAACAGUUGAUGGCUUUACUGAUCCUUCAAGUGCGGACAGGUUUUGCCUUGGAUUGUUGUCAAACAUUAAUCGAAACCCUCAGGUUGAGUUGACACGGAAACACAUUGGAAAAGGUGUACGUCUUUAUUACAUUGGUGGGGAAGUCUUCGCAGAGUGUUUAAGUGACAGUAGUAUAUUCGUUCAAAGUCCCAACUGCAAUCAACGAUAUGGCUGGCAUCCUGCCACUGUUUGUAAGAUUCCUCCUGGUUGCAAUCUGAAGAUCUUUAAUAACCAAGAAUUUGCGCAGUUAUUAUCGCAAUCUGUCAAUCAAGGUUUUGAAGCAGUAUAUGCAUUAACUCGUAUGUGCACAAUCAGGAUGUCUUUUGUCAAAGGCUGGGGUGCGGAAUAUCGCAGACAAACUGUCACAAGCACGCCCUGUUGGAUUGAGCUCCACCUUAAUGGCCCUCUUCAGUGGUUAGAUAAAGUCUUAACUCAAAUGGGUUCCCCAUCUGCUCAUUGCUCAUCAAUGUCAUGAAGAAUAUUGUGGUCACAUAUAAUUGAUUAUCCAUGCUGUAUAUGGAAAAGUAAGUUAGACUAAUAGCUAAGAGUGUCUAUAAAUUUAAUGUUUUAAUACUAGGGUUAGAUUUUUAUUUUGGGUGAUCUAAUUUGCUUCUAACUGCUGACUGUGCCGUAUGUUAGUAUUCAAUAGCUGAUGUACAGUUACAUUGUAAAGCUCUCCCAUCAUAUUCAUUCUGGGACAAAAACUUAUGUUGUAGGUAUUGUAGAGUGGUGAUAGAACCUGUCAUUAAACAAUUAGAAUCAUGCAUUUAAUGAAACAGUCAACUCUCUUAACAGUGGUCCAGGAAAGAAUUCACAAAAAAAUCCCAUUUCUUUUGGUGAAAAUCUAAGAAAUAAAAACUAUAGCACUCAUUUCAAAACUAACACUGUAAGAUUUUGUCUACAGAGCUUCAAAAUUUAGAGUGAUAAAUUAUGACAUUUUUAAGCAGUGAACGGCUUAAUUGGCACCUCUAUAAAAUGUGAACUAGUUGCAAAGAUGGACAGUUAAAUUUCUGGUACCAAUUGUGUCUACCAGAGAGUUGAUUGUUAAAUAACAAAAUAAUUCAUUAAGAUACAAGAAGACUAAUCUUCUACAGGCUUCUUGCAAAGGCUGGACAGACUACAAUAAUUAUUUUUAUUACCGCUGGUUGCAUCUAAGCGUGUACACGUGAGAAAAAAACAUGACAUGUUUUGCCGCCAAACAUUCGAAGUUUGGAGUAGGCGGCUGUUGUCAACUUGAUUUGUUUUUGCUCAACAAAAUAUUCUUUGCAAGAAUUUGUAGACGCUAAUAAUAAUUUCUGGAGGCAAGUGUGCUGUUUCUGAGCAAGAAAUAUGCCUGAAAGUUGAGAAAAAUGGAAUAUGAGUGGAAUGUGCUGAUCUAAAAAAUAUACACAGUUUACCUUUGGUGCGUCGGUUUCCUUUAAUGGCUGUCAAACUUCAAAUGUUUUGCGGCAAAACACGUCAUGUCUGGGACCCUAAUAGAACAUUUUUUUAUCUCGUGUCCACGCUUUGAUGCAACCGAGAAGCUAUGAUGAGAAAAUGCCAUAUCCACUCGUAUGGUGCUCAUUUAAUUGUGGUAGUUUUUAACGUGGCAGUCAUUCAAAGGAAUUGCAUGUUGAUAUUACUGGAGCAGAACAACUGCAUCAUGGAAAUGGAAGAAGGAUUAAUGUUACACAUAGUUUUGACGUCACAGGCCUGCUUCAUAACAAUAGUAUGUUAGCCGCAGAAUGGUGGCUGGUGUGUUAGAUUUGUAGGCUGUCCUGUCAUGAGGUGUAUGUACAAUGUACCUGUACAGUCAUCAAAGGGUCGGGUACUACAAUGAAAAUAGGUAUUAGUCCAGCAUAGUUAACAACAUAUAGAAAGCUAGUCUCUGUAAUUCCAUAAUAAUAGUGUUAGUAGGCUAAUUGGGGGAAUCAUGGCAAGAAACGCCUUUUUGUAUGAAACAAGUGACUAAAGUGAAGGAUUAAGCUGCCAAUUUAAAACGUCCGCGAAAGACUGUUGGUUUCCUCUACAGGAACGAAUUUUAAUUAGAUUGUCAAUUAAGGGUCAGUUUAUAUGAAUAACCGGGCUGGCCCGCUUUACUAGGCUGGCUCAGCUCAUACCCGGUUAACCAGUAUAAAUAGGCCUUAACACUGACAACUCUACUGAUUAUCAACAGGUCCAUAGAGAUCUGUAAUAGGAGUUUUCCCGGCUCUGUUCUAGCCUGCGUAGCUGACGGGAUUGUUAUUUAACGCGAGCAAAGUUUUGGCAUAGGAACUGCGAAGCCGCCCAGAGAUUGGAUGGAGACGCUUUGAAUUUUCUCGCGCCUUCGCCGCCAAAACUCUCACACGCGCAAAAACAAUUGCGCCAGCUACGCUGGCUAGCUCUGUUCACACUACACGCUUGCGCAUUUUAAGUGUAGUUUGAGUAUGGUAUUACCCAAUAAAUUAAUCGAAUUGUAUUGCCCAGGUUAUACACCAAUACAUUUUAAAGGUAGUGCGACUUUCGAAUUGUAAUUAUAAUUUUAAAGUGAUUUUAGUACAUUAGAGUCAGAUUGUAAAUAGGAACACAACGAAGUUAAUGUAGUGUAAUUGCGAAGAGUAACGCUUCGAGCUCGUCUCAGUAGGUAUAUUCACCGUUUUUAUUUCUUGCUUCUAAUACAGAUUUUAUUUUAUUGUGUACAGUAUUUCGAGAUAAUUUGGCUAUCGAAUGUACGUUACACCGACCUAAUAGCAUUAAAUGUUGGUCGCCGGAUAUUUUAACUUUCUAUUAAGAGAUGUGAUCUUUCUGAAGUUGGAGCCCCUGCCAUUGCUAUUAGGGACCUUAACGCUUCGGUAAAACGGUCAACAAAAACGUGCAGCUUGUUUUGCAAAAUUGCUGCAGAAAGUUGAAAAGCGUUGUUGCGCGUUUUACCCACGUUCAAACCUGUUAACAAUGUGUUUUAUUACAAGACAGUUUUGAUGUGGGCGGUAAAACGCGCAACAUCGCUGUUCAACUCGUUUUACAGCAAUGUUGCAAGACAAGUUGCAUGCUUUUUGCUACCCGUUUUGCCGUACCCAUAGCUACAACGACGAUGACCCAAAUUUCCCUCUUAAACGUUUGACUUGUUAUUGAGAGCGUUUCUAUUUUAGGAAGAAGAUCGCAACCCAGGGUCGAACCCGGACCUCGAACCCCGGGCC